UUGCUCCAGAACAAAAUCGACGAGCCAAUUGAUCUUUACUCUUGAGAUCUACUUUUAAGCUCUGGAAAGAGUAAACUUGAGCAAUUAAUAGUUGAGUUUGGUUACCGGAAAAGCUUGAAUUUUUCAACUUGAGCAAUCUGCAUUUAUACGAGGGCUGUCUAGGCUUCACAAAUCGGAAUCUCUAAGGUUAUUCCGGGGAAAAGCUGAAGCACUAUCACGUGGCUGCUCAGAAAGAUUUAGGGAAGUACCGUGACAAGCUGAUUUCUUCAGAAAUGGAAAGUCCGCCCGAGUGUCUGGAGGUUGUGGAUUCUUUCCAGAUGGUGAAGGAUGCAAGUUUGGAACAGAAGCUUGGGCAGGUUGCAGAUGAGCAUGAGACUCUGCCUCAACAUUUGAAAAGGCUAUUUCUGUAUUGUUCACUCUUUCCCUUUGGUUAUGAAUUUAGUAAAGAUGAGUUGGUUCAAUUAUGGAUAGCUGAAGGCUUUAUUAGAGAGAGACAAAGGGAGAGAAUGGAAGAUACUGCUGGUGAGCAUUUCAAUUCCUUGGAGAAUGAAGGCUUCUUUGUGUUUUCAAGAUGUGAUUUCACUAUGGAUUUUGAUUCGCUGCUCUCAGCUCCCGCGGAUAAUCCCAGCAACUUCUUGUACAAAGUAAAUCCUAGCAAGCAUUCAUUAUUGGACCACACGAUGUUUUCAGGUACUUAUUUCAAAGCGGUGGAUGGUAAGUUAGGUGGAGCCUCUGAAAUGACUAGACAUUUGUCUUUGAUUGGUGAGGAUAUGGAUGGGAUGGAUUUUGGGAUGCUUCAAAACUUUAAGCAUUUACGCACACUGCAUAUGCUCUCUUGCCGUGGAUCUUCUAUGAAACACGUCCCUCGUGAUUUGUGUUUCACCUUAACCUUCUUGAGAACCUUGAAUUUGAGUGGGACAUUGAUUUCUGAAUUGCCGAGUUCCAUUGGAAAUGUGAAAUCAUUACGUCAUGUUGAUGCCUCACAUACACCUAUUUCACGGUUACCUGAAUCAAUAGAUUCUCUUCACAAUUUACAAACCAUUAAGCUCAGAGGUUGCAUACACUUUGUUCAGUUGCCAAAGGGCACGAAAAAGCUAAAAAAGCUCCGGCAUAUUGAUCUUGACAUCAUUCGGCAAUUGGAUUCCAUGCCUGCACACUUGGGGAACUUGAGUAAUCUUCAAACUUUGCCAGCAUUUCUUGUUGGUAGAGAUGAUGGAUGCCGUGUUGGAGAGUUGAAAAAUUUGAAUGAUCUUAAAGGGUCAUUCAACAUUUCAAGGCUCGAAAAUGUGUUGAGUAAAGAAGAAGCUGAGGAGGCUGCCUUGAUUGAAAAGAAAUGCAUCCAUAGGUUGGAGCUUCGAUGGAGUGAUAUGUUUGUUGAGCAUGCUCAGCAAGAGAAAAUACUAGAAUGUCUUCAACCCCAUUCUGGCCUUAAAGAGUUACAAUUACAACAGUACAGCGGGUCCAUACUUCCAACCUGGAUUGGCAAUCCCUCUUUCACUGACCUUGUUGUCAUUACCCUCUACAGAUGCAGAAAUUGUAAACUUCUGCCAUGUAUGGGACAAUUACCAGCACUUAAGUCUCUUUCUAUUAUAGAGGUGAAUGAGGUGAAAGAAAUUAAUCAUCAAUUCUUCAGAAAAGGCCUAGCUGAUCAUGCAUUUCCAAAACUUGAGAGACUAGAAGUUGACAUCAUGCUCAGUUUGAAACAGUGGAAGGAUGUACAAGUAGGUGACUUACCUUCCCUAGUGAAACUCACUCUGGACUCUUGCCCAGAACUUGUCACACUUCCUGCACUUUUCUGCCUCAAAUCUCUCAAGCACUUGGAGCUCAGGUGCUGCCCAAAGCUUAUGGCCUUGCCCGCUGGCGGACUACCAACUUCACUUGAGUUUUUCUUGCUAUUGGAUUGCCUUGAACUGAAAACAUGGUGCUUGAAGACUGAACAUUGGAGCAUGUUAUGUCAUGUGCCCAGCAUAUGGUUUGAUCAUGAAGAGAUAAAGGACUUGCAACUGACAUCAAGGACUACAGAAAUCUUACCUUCCUCGCCUCAAUUUUCUGGAGAUGUCCAUCGGAUCGGGGAGGAUGAUGGUAGUACUGCUGCUACUAAGGAAAAACUCCUGCGUCCAAUUAGUGGCACGCGGCUAGCCAUGAAGAGAGAAUUUGAGUGGUCUGAAUGCGUCCAAGAGGUACUCAAUACUACUGCCUUGUUGGGACGGUCUGUAAUGGCAGAUAACCUGUACUCCGGAACCAAGGAAAUGUUAGAUGAAUCUGACCGGCCAGCUUUGUUUUUUACUUGUAUCGAUAAUGGUCUGUAUGAUCUAGCUAUGAAGUUGCUAAGAAGUGACAGAGCAUUAGCUAAGGCUCGUAAUGCAAAACAGGAAACAGCUUUGCAUAUCUUGGCUAGAAUGCCUUCAGACUUCACCAGCCAAAGUCCAGGAACGUGGAGUAGACUCAUCAACUCAUGUUGGAAUUUCUCAUACAACAGAAACUUGAAACAAGUCAAUGAAGCCCUUCAACUAGUCCAAUGCCUUUGGACAGAACUCUUGAGAAAUGAUCAUGACGAUGUGAUGAGACUAAUCAAACAUCCUUCAAAAUUACUGUUCGAUGCUACAAAAUUAGGAAAUUAUGAGUUCCUGGCAGUGCUUAUUAACUCUUAUCCUGACUUAAUAUGGCAACUUGAUGACAAAAAUCGGAGUAUAAUCCAUGUUGCUGUUUUGCAUCGUCAUGCAAGUAUCUUCAAUUUAGUGCAUGAGAUAGGCUCCAUCAAGGAUAUCAUAGCGACAUUUACUGAUGAAGAUGAGAGUAAUAACAUUUUACAUAUGGCUGCAAAAUUAGCACCUCCAAAUCAACUCAACCUUGUAUCAGGAGCAGCUCUUCAAAUGCAGCGAGAGUUGGUAUGGUUUGAGGAAGUGAAAAAGAUUGUACAACCUAACUCCAUAGAGAUGAAAAACAAGAAAGGAAAAACACCACGAGAAUUGUUCACAAGUGAGCAUAAAGGGUUGUUACACAAAGGAGAAGCAUGGAUGAAGGACACUGCAAAGUCAUGCAUGAUUGUUGCGGCUCUUAUCGCAACUAUUGUGUUUUCAGCUGCAAUAUUGAGCGUACCUGGUGGUACAUCUGAUAAUACAGGACAGCGAAACUUUCUAAAAGAGACUGCUUUCCUAUUCUUUGCCAUAGCAGAUGGAGUAGCACUCGUUUCCUCGUCAACUUCAAUACUGAUGUUCUUGUUCAUCCUCACAUCGCGUUACGCUGAAGGUGAUUUCCUCAAAUCGUUACCGUUGAAGUUGAUGAUAGGGCUCGCAUCACUUUUCAUAUCUAUAGCAUCCAUGAUGGUAGCUUUUAGCGCAACCUUCUAUUUAGACUGUCACUAUGGAUUAGGAUGGGUCCCAAAUCUUAUAUUUGUAUUUGCAUUUGUUCCGGUUGCUUUAUUUGCUUUUCUGCAGUUUCCUCUCUUGUCUGAUAUGUUUUCUUCAACAUAUUGUUCAAGUCUUUUAUUUCGGCCAUGGAAAUAUAUGAUCGAGUGAUUGACUAGAAAGUCAAGGCUGUAUUCUUGUACAUACAUAUAAUAGAGAUCGAAAUGGAGUUGUUUUAGUUUG